GCUCCUCCUUCUUCUGCAAUGUAUAACCAGGGAGAGCUGGGGACUCUGACUGGUCAGCUACUUCUCCACACUCAGUACAGGACUUGGAAUUGAGAGGACAGCUCCCAACCCACACAAUGACAGAAGAUAAGAUCACUGGAACCUUGGCUUUCACCGUCUUCACUGCUGUGCUCAGUUCCUUCCAGUUUGGCUAUGACAUUGGUGUCAUCAACGCACCGCAAGAGGUACUAAUAGACCAUUAUAGGACUGUUUUGGGUGUUCCCCUGGAUGACCGAAGGGCUACCAACAGUUAUGCUGUCAACAGCACAGACACUCUGCCCACAGUUGAACACCCAGUGCAUGCAACGACAGCCCCUUGGGCCGAGGAGGAGACUGCAGGGUCGGAUCACCUGAUUACCAUGUUCUGGUCUCUGUCUGUGUCCAGCUUCGCAGUGGGUGGAAUGAUCGCCUCGUUCUUUGGUGGGUGGCUAGGGGACAAGCUUGGAAGAAUCAAAGCCCUGAUGUCAGCAAACAGCCUCUCAUUAAUCGGAGCUCUCUUGAUGGGGGUUUCUAAAUUCGGACCAUCUCACAUCCUCAUCAUCGCAGGAAGAAGCAUUUCCGGACUGUACUGUGGGCUAAUUUCAGGGCUUGUUCCAAUGUACAUUGGUGAAAUCGCUCCAACCACACUCAGGGGUGCUCUGGGCACGCUUCACCAACUGGCCAUUGUUACGGGAAUUCUUAUCAGUCAGAUUGCUGGCCUCAGCUUUAUUCUGGGCAAUCAGGAUCGAUGGCAUAUCCUACUUGCCCUGUCUGCUGUGCCAGCCCUCCUCCAGUGCCUGCUCCUGCUCUUCUGUCCAGAAAGCCCCAGAUACCUUUACAUUAAGUUGGAAGAGGAAGUGAAAGCGAAGAAAAGCUUGAGGAGACUGAGAGGAACUGAGGACAUCACCAAAGACAUUAAUGAAAUGAAGAAGGAAAAGGAAGAGGCCUCGAGGGAGCAGAAAGUCUCCGUGAUUCAGCUCUUCACCGAUCCCAGCUAUCGACAGCCCAUCAUCGUGUCACUAAUGCUGCACUUGGCUCAGCAGUUUUCCGGAAUCAACGGGAUCUUUUACUAUUCAACCAGCAUUUUUCAGACAGCUGGGGUCAGCCAACCUGUGUAUGCAACCAUUGGAGUUGGUGCCAUCAACAUGAUUUUCACUGCAGUCUCAGUACUGCUUGUGGAGAAGGCAGGACGGCGCUCUCUGUUUCUGGCUGGAAUGGUGGGAAUGUUUUUCUGCGCCAUCUUUAUGUCUGUGGGACUUGUGCUGCUGGAUAAGUUCUCUUGGAUGAGUUACGUGAGCAUGACAGCCAUCUUCCUCUUCGUCAGUUUCUUUGAGAUUGGUCCAGGCCCCAUCCCCUGGUUCAUGGUGGCUGAGUUCUUCAGCCAAGGCCCCCGGCCCACGGCCCUGGCAUUAGCCGCCUUCAGCAACUGGGUCUGCAACUUCAUCAUCGCGCUGUGUUUCCAGUACAUCGCGGACCUCUGUGGGCCUUAUGUGUUCUUCCUCUUCGCUGGGGUGGUCCUGGCCUUCACCCUGUUUACAUUUUUUAAAGUUCCAGAAACCAAAGGAAAGUCUUUUGAAGAAAUUGCUGCAGAAUUCCGAAAGAAGAGUGGUUCGGCCCCUCGAGCGAAAGCUGCAUUGCAAAUGGAACUGCUUUGAGCGUCAGCCUCCGCCUGAAGAUGACCCGGCGGAAACACAGCAGCCAAACGGGGGCGGGCGGGGAGGGGGGGACCGCUGCUCUUAGCCGAUUCCUUCAGACGUUCAUACCCACAUACUAGAGGACUGUCUUGUAUUUUGAAGAAUUCUAUGUAUGGACUCUGAUCAGAAACGUCAACAAAGAUUACUAAAGAAAGUAUUUUUGUAACUUGGAGAAUCCACUUUUGUGGCAAAACUAAGCAAACCAAACCAAAGCGACUAGGUUGCAAAAUUAAGCAAACCAAAGCGACUAGGUUGUUUUGCUACUUUUCUAAAGGAAAAGAACGCUAGAAUCUUCCUAGCUCUAUUCUUUAUUGCAAUAUUCCGCUGAAGUUGACUGCUUUUAAUGGAUCAUGCUUUUUAAAGUGUGUGACUAGGGAACCUGAAGAAAUAGCUCUUUUUAUAUAUUUAAAUAUGAUGAAAUUGGAAUUUCUUACCCACAGAUCUCAUACACCAAGAUGUAUGGCUGGUGUCAGUUAAGAUUCAUGUCCGUAUCCAUUUUUCUGUUUCCCUUCCUCAGCCUUUUUCGUGUGUAUUAGAGUUUGUAUUUUGCUUAAAAUUUUUAUUUUUUCUGUAUUUUCAUAUGAAUAUUUGAGUAUAUUAAAUAUAUUUAUGAUGAAAAACUCAGUUACCAGGCUCUUCCAGUAUUCAGAGAAAACAUUUUAGUUUCUUUGUUUGAUAGACUUUGCUAGAUUGAAAAACCCAAAAGUUUUACCUAAUCUGAUAGCCUAGAUUAUCAGUUAAUAUUAACAUCUAUUCCAAAACCAUACCGGAUCUGUUUGUUGUGUUUACCUUGUUUUGCUUUUUAAUUGAGCAUAGCCUUUUUAUCUGAGCUGUUAUAAAAUACACUAAACCAUUAGGACUCAAGCAUUUUGUAUAUUGCCUCCACACUCUAAUAAAUUGGAUCAAUUUAAAGAAAAAUUGAGGUAAAAGAUUGUCUCAAAUGAAGCUGGAAAGGUAGAGCUUAAAAAUUCCUCAGGAUGGGCCCCUGAAACUUCACCAAUGUUCAGUGUUGCACUUGAUCAAAACCUCUAAUUUCUCUGGAAACGCUGAGUUUCCUGAUGUAGAGCAGUCGUCCCCUUCACCCUUUUUUCUUUGUCUUUACCAUAGGAACCUUCUAACUACACCGUUCUAUGCUGGCUCUAACUUGUGUUAGAAUGCCAAGUGCCUUCUAAGUGCUGUCAUCAAUGUGGGCAAAUUGGAAAUACACAGAUUAAACAGGCUUUGACUUUGCAGUGCAAUAUAUAACUAUGAACAUACAGGUCUGAUGGUUAGCGGGCAGCUACAGUUACCUCCUUCAGUUUCUCUCUGUAGUCUUCCUUGGCCUGGAACUACUAUGUAGACCAGGCUGGGCUCAAGCUUGUGAUUAUCUCCCUGCCUCUGGGGCCGGUGCUGGCAUUACAGUCCUGCACCACCAUGUUUGGCCCUUUCUGGUUUGGGUUUUGUUGUUGUUGUUGCUGCUGCUGCUGCUGCUGUUAUUUUUUGUUUUGUUUUUCUUGGUCAAAAUUGUUCACACGUAUACCUGCAGUACAAGCCAACAUGAAAUUAAUUCUUUUUACUUUAAUGUUUUCCUCCUUUGGGAAACAAUUUGGGGGAUUUUUUUUUUUAACUUGGAACUUCAGGAGUUGGGCAAAAGAAGUUUAAAUAGUUCAAUAGGUCUUUACGCUAGGCUACAGGUUUUGAACAGAACUGUAGAUCUAGACUCUGAGUAGAGCAAGGGCUCUUACCCUGUGCUUCAGAAUGCUGAUGACCUUUGGGAAGUCUGAAACUCCAAAUACUCUGAUCCUGAAGUUUUCUGCCUCAGAGAAACUCAUGUGAUCCCUCAUGUACUGCUGCAUUUAACAAGAUCCACAGAUGUUCAAGGUCUUUAAGUUGAGCAUCCUCCCAUAUACAUCUUAAAUCA